UCCUAAAUAAUACACGCAGUUUAAACUGAAAGUUAGCCUGUUUAUUUCAUUCGAAGAAGACUGUGUUGUCUCUGUCGUUGCAGUCGUUGGUUUGGAACCAGAUAGGAACCAUCAUCUGUUGCUUGUUUCCCCAGGUGGAGGCGGACGAGUCUGUGAAGGAGCAAAUCAAAAUGGCGAGCCAAGAGGAGUCUGUGAGGGAAUUCGUAGCUGUUACUGAUGUGGAUGAGGAGAGGGCCCGGUUUUUCCUGGAGUCCGCCGGCUGGAAUUUGCAGCUUGCACUCGCCAGUUUCUUUGAGGAUGGAGCCGAUGACGACAUAGUGACGCUUCCUCAACCUGAGGGAGGCUCCUCAGUGUCCCGGUCUGCUGGGCCAAGCACUCAGCCCAGAGUGACAUCCUUCAGAGAUCUGAUGCAUGAGGCAGAGGAAGAGAGUGAUGAGGAGGAAGGCCAAAGGUUUUUUGCGGGGGGAUCAGAGCGCAGUGGGCAGCAGAUUGUUGGGCCUCCCAAGAAGAAGAGCCCCAAUGAAGUGGUGGAGGAUUUGUUCAAGGGGGCGAGGGAACAUGGGGCUGUGCCUCUGGACCGGCCUGGGAGAGGGCCAGGAGAGCACAGCAAAGCCAAGGCCUUCAUCGGUGGAGGCUACAAGCUAGGCGCCGCUCCAGAGGAGCAGUCAGCCUAUGUGGCCGGAGAGAAGCGUGGCUCCAAAAGCCAGCAGGAUGUACACGUGGUGCUGAAGCUGUGGAAGACGGGUUUCAGUCUGGAUAAUGGUGAGCUCAGAAACUACAACGAUCCUGGAAAUGCCAACUUCCUUGAGGCAAUCAGAAGGGGGGAGAUUCCCCUCGAGCUGAGGCAGCGUUCUCGAGGGGGCCAGGUCAACCUAGACAUGGAGGACCACAGGGACGAGGACUUCUCCAAACCCAAGGUGGCCUUCAGGGCCUUUGGAGGCGAAGGACAGAAGUUGGGAAGUGCCACCCCAGAGUUGGUUUCCGCUCCGGCCACCUCCCAGCAAGACCAGGCAGCAAGUGAGGCCCAAGCCAGCACCUCUGUGUCCCUCGACUCCUCCCAGCCUGUCACCAACAUUCAAAUCCGACUGGCUGAUGGGAGCAGGCUGGUCCAAAGGUUCAACUAUACCCACAGGGUGUCUGACCUGCGCCAAUUUGUGGUGGGGGCCCGGCCUGCCAUGGCUGCCAGAGAGUUUGUUCUCAUGACUACCUUCCCCAACAAGGAGCUGUCGGACGAGAGUCAGACGCUGGAGCAGGCCAACCUCCUCAACGCCGUCAUCGUCCAGCGGCUAAAUUAAGGGGGGAGGGGAGAGUGGUUAAUCAGCCUUCCCAGUGCCGUGGCUGAGUAACUGCAGCCCUGUGAAACCUGCUGCCCCUUCCAAGGGAGGAGAAAACACAGACUUAUGUAUGGACUUCUAAUUUCUGAUUUUUGUUUUUCUAAAGUGAAACAUAACAUUCUGCUCCACAGACCCCCCCCCACACACACUCUCAACCUCCUCCCCCCUCUGUGGUCUCUGAAGGGCGCUAAUGAAGGGGAAACUAAAAAUCUUCCAGUAUGGAACAGAGUUAAUUUAAGAGCUAUUGGAAGGCUUGUAAAUGCGGUUUAACUGUGAUUUUGAUGGGGAAGUGUUUACCUGACAGCAGUAGAUGGUUUAAUCCCCCAACACAGCAGCAGUCCAGCUUUCUGCAGAGCAGUUUGGUUGCACAGAUGUUAAUUAACCUGGCUUUUUUUUUUCCCCUUAAACUAGCUCCCUACUUUUCCUCUUCUAUUAACCUUUAUUCGGCCCUUCAGCUUUGUUUACCAUCAGGUGCUGGGGCCUCACUAGAACCAUGUAGCGGCAGACUCCCAGUUUGUGUCUGUCUUAACAGCACAAACUAGAACCACAUAAGGAAUACUAGUCUUACUAAGGUAAAAGUACACGUUGAUAAUGUGGUUGUGUACAAAUUUCAGUUUCUCUCCACACAGAGAGAGAAGUGUACUAGUGUAACAAAACACUGAGGGGAUUUUUUUCUCCAACCAACCUAUACCAGUAGCCUUAUGCUCCUUUUCACCUCAGAAACCAACCCUGUCCCUUUGUCCAAAUGAAGAUGGAAUUAUUUUUUUAAACUGCCCUUUUCCCCCUCUACCUUCUUUUUCUUUUACAGACUGUAGGAUUGUCCCAGUUAGACAGUGGCAUUUUGAUAUUGUGUAACAUGAAAACAGUUACACAUAGCUUUAUUGUUUAACCAGUGGUUGAGCAAAAGGACUUUAUAGAUUGUAAACACUGGCUUGUAAAAGUGAAAGUUGAAUUCCUUUGACACACUGACAUAUUCUAUGCAUCCUGGGGCAACACAGAAAUAUGUUUGGACAUCUGGUAAAAUAAAUCCAUUUUAAGGUUGAUGUAUAAAGAA